AUGGGCAAAGGCGGUAAGGACGCCUCGGGUUCUUCCCCAAUCACGAAUGUGGAUAUGUCUCCCGCGAGCACCGCCACCACGUACACGGUUUCGCAGGUGAACGAGUGCGAUCACAUGACCGCGAAGGACUCCCCAAAACUGGUCAUCUUCGGUGACAACGUGUACGACAUUUCGAGUUGGAUUUCAAAACAUCCGGGAGGCGAAACCGUCCUGAAACAGUACUCCGGGAGAGACAUUACGGACGCGUUCCGAGCGUAUCACUCGGAAAACGGAAAAGCGAUGAAAACGUUGAAAUCCAUGCGCGUUGGCGCCGUUCAAAGAAAGAUUUCGGAGGAAGCGCCCCAGCAUUUACACGAUUUUCGAGAGUUGGUGAAAACGGCGGAGAACGCAGAGUUCAAGACGGAUUAUAAGCACUAUUACGCCAUCGCCAUUCGCUUGGUGUCUUUGUUAGCCGUGGCAAUUCAUUUGGUCGUGAAUAAAGAGGAUACGUUUUCUCACAUGCUCGGAGCCGUAUCGUUGGGAAUGUUUUGGCAGCAAAGCAUGUUCAUCGGACACGACGCGGGGCACUGCGCGGUGACCCACAAUAGGAAAUUGGACACCGCCAUCGGGUGGCUCAUUGGGAACAUGUGUAACGGUGUUGGCAUUAGUUGGUGGUCGAGCACGCACAACGUCCAUCAUUGCGCCGUGAACUCUUUGGAGUGCGAUCCGGAUAUUCAACACAUGCCGAUUUUGGCAGUCACGAGGAAGUAUUUCGAAUCCGUGUACUCGUUGUACCACAACCGACAGUUGAAAUUUGAUUGGUUAGCGAAGAAGUUUGUUAGCGUGCAGCAUUACACGUUCUACCCGAUCAUGGCCGUAGCGAGAGUGAACUUAUACGCGCAAACGUUGAUUCACUGCGCGACGGUAAAAAUGUCCAAGAAACAGCGCGUCAUUGAAUUCGCCACGCUCGGUUUUUACUUCGCGUGGUAUUCGACGCUGGUGAGCAUGUUACCGACGGCUGGUGAGAAAUGGGCGUUCUUCUUCCUCUCGCACGCAAUUGGUGGGAUCAUUCACGUUCAAAUAUGUUUGUCGCACUUUUCGAGAGAUGUGUUCGAUGGGAUUCCAAAAAACAACGAAUGGAUUGAGAUGCAACUCGCCGGGACGAUGGACAUUGAGUGCCCAAAAUAUUUGGAUUGGUUCCAUGGCGGUUUGCAAUUUCAAGUCGAACACCAUUUGUGUCCAAGACUACCGAGACAUAAACUGAGAGAUUUCCGAGAAGAAGUUAUUAAACCGUAUGCCAAGAAAAACGGUUUGAAGAAUUUCCACUCUGUUGGGUUCUUCGAGGCGAACGUGCAAGUAUGGAAGACGUUGAAGAAAGCCGCGAGUCAAUCCGUGUUAUCGCCGGCGUUCUCGACGGAAAAUUACAUUUAA